AUGAAGACGCUUCAAUUGCCGGGAAAAUCAAGUGUUGAAGAGAAGAAGGUUGACCAGCCAAGUGUCGAGCCGCCGCAAAUCAUUUUCUCAAAAAGUCACGAAGGAAAUUUAAUUGGAAAAAGCAUGGGUUCAAAGAAGCAAGACGCAAUCGUCCGCAGCACAGAUAUGCCAGAGGAACUUCAGAAAGAGGCUAUAACGGUAUCACUUGAAGCUAUGGAUAAAUACAAACUGGAAAGAGACAUUGCCACGUAUAUUAAAGAGGAAUUUGAUAAACGCCACAAUCCCUCAUGGCAUUGCGUCGUCGGCCGCAACUUCGGUUCAUACGUCACUCAUGAAUCGAACAACUUUAUUUAUUUCUAUAUCAAGCAUAUUGCCAUAAUGCUCUUCAAAACAGCAUUUUGA